CCCGUCCAGCCGAGUCAAAUCGCCAAGCCUUGCUGCUGGUUCUUGGGCUGUUCUCUGGGCUGUUCUCGGGACUGUUCUUGGGUCUGUUCUUGGGAGAAUGACACCUACUAAAUCCCAGCAAACCCCCCGACCUGACCGCCGUCGAGCAGCUCCUCUUCUGGCCCUCCUGGCGACACUUCGUUCGACUCACACCCCUCCCCCUUCGACCCUCGAAACCUCCAACGUCGAAACUGGAUCCUCGAGUUUGGAAAGACGCAUACGACACACAAGCACAACUACAAUUCACUUCUGCCUGCCAAGUACACAAGUAUCACGUCACCUACUUAUACCAGUUACACACAAGUAUGAGUCCGGUCUUGCUGCAUACCUCCCACACAUGGUCCAUAUAAUACCUGUUCUGUCGGCCGCCGCCACCGAUCCCGGGCACAGAAGAGAGUGCUCGAGGCGUUCUCCUUGUGGGAGGAGUCCAACUCGAGCAUGGCGUCCCCCGACGAGCCUCCACUCUAUCAUCACCCUCUCCACGACGCCUCUGUGCAUCAGCAGUCCCAUCAACCGCUCGAACUGCGCCCAAACCCGCCCAUGACUCCACCCGAAAUAGACCACGACAGAAUCUUUUUAGAUGGCAUAGAAGAGGUGGCUAAAGAUCUUGACCAGCUGGUCCAUCGACUGAACCGCAGGCCUAUUCUCCAAGACUCGCUACGAUGGCACUUCGUGGAUGGGGAGGAAAGGAACCAAGAGUUGGAACGAGUAGAAGACACAAGGGAUUUGCGACCCAGCAGGUCCAAUGUGCAUUACACACAAACGCCAAUGCAACAAUUCCAGCCCGAGGAGCCCACUCCCGCGCUAGAUCCCAUACCGGAGAUUUCCAUGGCAUGCGAUCCGUGCCCUUCCACAAUACCGGAGUUACGUGAUACCCUGCAGCCACCCGGUCCCAUUCAUUUCGACAGUCUGGUCCCAGACGCUCCAUCAGACGACAAAUGCCUUCUCAACGUAAACACCGAUGUCAAGCGCCCCCGCCGGGCUACCGACGCGCGCCUUCACAAGAGCGCCUCGAAUCUUCGCAUGUUAGGCCUUGUGACGGGAAUGAUCGAAAAUGGUGUACAGUGUAAUGUACAUAACUCCACACCGGCAUCCCCAACUGGAUCUAUGUCGACGUCAUCGGCGAUUCCCGCAUCCAUGCGCUACAUCGAACCACAGGAUCCAAUCGACCCUCAUUUAAAACCCGACCACAUGCCACUGGAAAUUGACAUGGGUUUCAGUGAAUUGGACGAGGACACGAUGCUCAGCGACAGUCUGGCUCUACGUCAUGCGAGCACGCCGGCCGGCAUCAGGAAAUUCGGCUUUUUACGGUAUCGCUCCUCAUCCGAGGCAGCGCAAUCAUGCAAGAACAUGAAGAAGAGCGUGCCUCGCAUGCGACGGAGACGCCGGACGAACCCGCCAUCGGCAGCCGGAUCCUCCACACCCACGACACAGCCGCCUUCCACGACGGCCUAAUCCAUCACGAGAUUCUUGUAUAUAUAAUUCUUUGUGUCUUUUAUUUUUCCCUUUUGUUCAGAAUCCCAUAUCCAAUAUACCCAGGGUCAAGAAUGGGAGGCGUUAACGGAAAGGACAUACGCACAUGCCAUUACGGCCGGAGACUCAUAGCAUCAUC